UCUUUAGAUUACCACCCCACAAAAAGAGAGAGAUGGCGAGCUGCUACUCUGAACCAGAGACCCCUGUUUCGAUCUCAAACCCUAACCCUAGAGUUUUCCCGGCGGCGGUGGAGGAGGAGGAGGUGAUUUUGUUUGAGGGGAGGGUGGGGAGGGAGGAGGCGUGGCCGAGGAAGAGCGGUGGGGUGAUGCUGGAGGGAUACGUAGUGGCGGCUGACGGCGGGCGGGAGGAGGGAUUGGAAGGGUACGGAAGGACCAGGAGCCUGACGGACGAUGACCUGGAGGACCUCAAGGGAUGUCUGGACUUGGGGUUUGGGUUCAGCUACGAGGAGAUCCCCCAGCUCUGUAACACCCUUCCGGCGCUCGAGCUCUGCUACUCCAUGAGCCAGCUGUUCCUCGACGAGCACCUGCAGCAGCAUCAGCAGCAGCGAUCGUCGGAUGGCUCCGGUGAGGCCGUGGAGCAGUGCGCCGCGAUGAGCUCGCCUCCCAUCGCCAAUUGGAGGAUCUCCUGCCCUGGUGACCAUCCUGAAGAGGUUAAAGCAAGGCUGAAGUAUUGGGCCCAAGCAGUGGCAUGUACUGUUAGAUUAUGCAGCUGAGAGAAGUUGCAUACUUGAUUUCAUCUACUAUAAUGGUUUAUCACUAUCAACUUCCAAGGCUUCCUUUUUGUAGAGUAAAUCCUCUGCAGAGGCUUCCCAGCUUGAUGCCAUCAGGACGCUGCGGUUCUUUCACUAGAGAUGCUUCUGCCAGAAGUGGCACAUCGGGAAGAACAGGAGGAAGAGGAAGUAGAGGGAAGAGAUGCUCUGAGAUCCGAGAUUAAAAUUAUAACAUGUCUGACGAGCAUUACCUAUGAAUGAGUAUAGUUAUAUUGUUUUAUUUUUUUGGGUACACGUAUAGUUAUAUUGUUUCAUGUACGAUAACUAAAACGAGUAAAUGUUUUUUCUCCAUUGUAAUAGUGUACAUAUAUUCUUAAAUCUCUUCUCUGCAAAUAUAUUUUUCUCUUAAAAGGAGAAUAAGUAACUCAGCUUACUGGCAGAAUGAAUACAAGCCCCCAGGGCAAGUUCUGAA